AUGCAACGAUACUGCGACUACCAGGGCGUGGACAAGACAUCGCGGGACGUGUACUUCCACGCGCGGGUUGCCUGCCAGUACUUCCUGCCGCUGCUGGUCAUCUGUCGCUCCCGCCCGCAGUACUUCCUGCCGCUGCUGGUCAUCUCCUGGUGCUACUGCCGGGUGGGCUGCGAGCUGUGGGGGUCACACGUGCCCGGCAACGCCGACAACCAGAGGGACGCUGUGCUGCUCCACAACAAGCGCAAGGUGCUGAAGAUGCUGGUGAUUGUGGUGGUCUUGUUCAUCAUCUGCUGGCUGCCGUAUCAGCUCUACUACGUGUUGCAGUCCAUCUUCCCCGUCAUCAGCCAGUUCCGCUACAUCAAUGUCAUCUUCUUCUGCUUCCACUGGCUCGCCAUGGCGAACAGCUGCUGCAACCCGUUCAUCUACGGCAUCUACAAUGAGAAGUUCAAGCGUGAGUUCCGAAUCCGGUUCACGAGGAGCCUGUGCUCUGGCCCGCACGAAUCGUACGACAUGGACAACGCCUCCGAGGAGUCAAGGUCCCGCUUCUCACUGCAAAGAUCGCUGCGCGGCCGGCUCUUCGGAGGAUCCACGCAAACAACCGCGGAUCGGAUAAACUCCAUUCGACUGAAGCAGAUGGAGCCACUCCAACAGAGGAGCGGCGCGCUCGCGACAGAUGGCGCUCCUCACCCGGUCUGAGAACAUUCCUCACACGGCCUGAGAAUAUUCCCCGACCUGUCUGAGACCAUUAAUCAGUCGGUCUGAAAACGUUCGUCAGACAACCUGAGGACAUUUCUCACCCGGUCUGAGAGCAUUCCUCACGCGGUCUGAGAGCGUCUUUUUAAGACUGUCUGAAGACAUUCCUUUCCCGAUGUGAGGACAGUAUUCGGGCGGCCUUGAGACGAUGUCCGUUCAUCACGAAGACUGCGAGCCUCAUCUAGUCUGAGAAGAUACUCCUCACCGGGACUGAGAGGACAAUUUUCCCCGGGGGCUGGGAAGAUAAUACUUACGGAGUACCAGGUCAUUCUCAUCAGGUCCAGAGACGCCCGGUCGUUACCUGGUCUUGGAGGACGUUUGGAACAAACUCUGAGAACAAUUCUGUCCAGGCCUGCAAGCGAGUCAAAAGAGAUCAGUUCAGAAUUUGAACGAUGAUCUUUCGUUACGUGGAAAACUAAUCCCGAAACGC